UGAGUACAAAGAGAGAACCAUAUUUCCGACCAUGAGCAUGCACAAAGAGAGAUUUGGACUUCGAUCGUAAAACAGCAAAGAGGUGUAUAGUCGGAAAGUUCAGUGAACAAUCAGACAGUCAUAAUACCGUGGACUCAUGCAGAGUGGACAGGAGCUCGUCGCCCGGAGGACUACACUCCGGCUUCGAUGCGCCUCUCUGUCAUAUCGCUGCAAUCCACAGACUGCUAAAAAAAGACUUGUCGCCGGGACUGCCACGGUCUGAGCUCUCUGUCUGUAGUAUGCUGUGCGAUUCCAUCCUUGUGGAAUGUUUGAUGGGGCUUGUCAUUGAUCUACCGCGCAUCUCGCCAAAAGCCGUUGCGUAAGCAAGACGUCCCAUCCUCCACCCAACGUCACUCCGUCCUUCCUACCAAUAAACCCUCCAAACACCCAAAAACCCAUCAAAAAUGGGUCUUAAACUAAACAUCUUUCUCCUGCUGAUCGCAGCUUGUAUCCCACACAUCUACUCUCGCUUAUCUCUACUCUACAAUCUCGAAUCUUCCAAUCAUCCAUCCAAGCUUUCGACACCUCGAGGCUGGUUCACAGAACAAGGAAGCUACGAAGUGAAAUAUGCAGAUAAAUUAAGAAACUGUGAAGAUUUGGUUGUAGACGAAAAGGCUGGAUAUGUAGUUUUAAGCUGCGACGAGAGUAGAGAUGGGUGGAAUACUGUCAUGGGCAUUUUCACCACACCCCCUACCAAAAACGGCGCACUCUAUCUCUACGACUACUCUCGACCUACGCCAUCGUUGGAAAGCAUACGUCUUCUUUCCACUCCAGAAGACUAUUCCUUCCAUCCUCUGGGUCUCUCUCUGAAUCUCGCCACAAAUACGCUUAUUGCAGUGAAUCACGCGACUUCUGGCAGCAGACUCGAUCUCUUCCACUUUUCCCGGCUCGGAAACUCUGCUACGUUCAUCAGAAGUAUCUCAUCGCCUUAUUUGAGAGCUCCUAAUGCUGCUGUGCAAAUCUCAGACACAAGUGUGCUAGUUACCAACGACCAUUUCUUCACCCCGAGAAGCAAUGGCUUUAUGAACAAACUAGAAACCUAUCUCGGACUACCUUUCGGCGGCAUCACACAUGUGGACUUGCAAACCGGAGCCGCGACCCAACUUUCCAGACUCGCAUAUGCGAAUGGCAUUGCGAUUCUCAACGAAACCACCCUCGCCGUCGCAUCAAGCAGUCUAGCAAAAAUCUUCUUUUACAGCAUCGACAAGAGCACUUUUCCACCGACGUUGAAGCACACAGAAGCGAUUAGCACACCCUUCUACCCCGAUAAUCUACACACCUCUGGGGACAAACUCUUCAUCGCCGGCCACGCCCACCUCUCCUCUCUGCAAAAAUUCGCAAAACAAAGAGCCAGAUGCGCUUCUGAUGUUACAACAGCAGGAUGUAAUGCAGAAGCAGCUACUUAUGUGGCUCAAUGGACUGAGCAAGCAGGGUUGCAGGAAGUUUACGUUGGCAAGGAGAUUUACUCGUCUAGUGGCGUGGGGGUGGAUGAGAAGAGGGGUGUUGGUGUUAUUGGUGGGUUGUAUGGGAAAGGGUUGUUGAUUUGGAACAAGGAGAGGAAAUGAGGAGUAUCAUGGAAGGGAGGUGGGUUGGAAGUGUAGUUGUGGAGAUGCAUGGUUCUUUGACGCGCAGGAGAGCUUAUAUAGAGGAGAGCGUGCUCUCGUGGGUUGAGGGAGAAAAAGUACGGCUAUUUCGUUGCGAUGUAAUAGACAUGAGUGAGCUGUGAAAAUGCAUGAUCUUUUUCUUUUUCCAAAAGUGAGACAUUGUCAAGGAGACCAUGCAAGUCCAGCUCUCUCCUGAUCGACAGCUGC